AUGCUUCGAGCAGCCACUAAAAAUCGUAUCGUGUGGGGUGCAAAAAGCGUAAGGAACUACGCGGUACAGACUGCGCCGACACCUCCACCUCACCUUCCCAAGCCGUCGUCGAAAAAAUCUGGAGCGCGCAAGUUAACGCUUGCUAUUGUGGCUUUAGCUGCUGGUAGUGGAGGUAUUAUCGGAUAUGCGUAUAUGGAUCCAGAGUUCCGGCAUAAGGCGGAAACCACAUUACCACUGGUGAAACCUGCAUUUGAUAGGGUUUUAGGAUCAUCAACGUUUUCUAAAGCUAAGCAACAUCUUGUCGAUCUGAAGGAGCAGGUUGCCAGCGUAAUACCGAAGAAGAUAACCGAUGAGGUUCUACCUCCUCUUCCGAGAAUUCCUCUCCCAGAGCUCGAAAAGAGACAGCCAGUUCAUGUGGAUCCAGUUGACAUAACAUCGCCUCAAGAUGCUUAUCCUCCGAAGUCCAAUCCUGUACUCAGCGCAGAAAGAAGUAAAGAACUGGAGUCGUCACUGAUUUCGGCAAUCCAGUCCGCUGAGGCAAAAGUUCGAGCGGCAACGGAGGCGAAGGUUAUGACAAUCAAUGCAAUCAAUGAUCAUGCCAAUCUAGUGAAAUCGACUGUAGACGAUCCUCAUACAUCUAACUGGGAAAAGGUAACAUCGGCACUUCAACAUGCAGAAUCGCUUGCUCAUAAAGACGGAAUUGCAGAGGCUGAUGGAAGAAAUUACAUUGACAAACUUAGGAAGAUUAUCAAUAUCGGCAAAACCGAUCCAACAACGUCUAAUAAUCCUCUGCUCAUAAAUGCUACUGAAACUGCUAACAAGUUGUCUCACCAAUUAGAUGAACUGGAUGGGUUGGUCUCGAAGGCGCGCCAGGAAUCUACAAUCCUCAAUCAAUAUAGAGAUCUUAUUGAGCGCAGUCGUAAGCAGUUUGCAUUAGAAAUGAAAAAUAUUCUUCCCAAUGUUGACAUCAAUUCGAAGGACAAGAACUUGACUGAAGAGGAGCUGAAUGCUCUUAUUGCACAUGCACAUUUGAAAGUGGAUCAUUUGAGACGGCAGCUUUCGGACCAGCAGGUCCGUGAAGAGCAGCACAUCGCAGAUGCCAUUGCUGAUCAACGUGAAGCCGAUGAACGUAUAGCAGCCGAACGACUUAGAAUCGAAAUGCAGCGCGUCCAGCAGCAGCAAGACGUUGCCAUUGAAAGGGCGAUACUGAAGAAUCGUUCUGCUUGGGAAGUCGAAAUGGAGGAGCAGCUAAAGCGAACAGCUGCUGCACAUUCUGAGCACCUUGAGCAAGUAAUACGCACGCAGCGCCAGCUUUUUGAAAUUGAACACAAUCAAAAGCUGGAAGAGGCUGUAAAAGUUGAACGUGGUCUACACAGUCGUCAAGUCGGAGCUGCUUUGAGUCGACUAGAGGGCAUAGAGUCUGCUCUUAGCAGCAGAGUAGCGAUGGACAUGGAGAACCGUAGAGCAAAACAGUUUUGGAUUGCAUGCCACAACUUGAUCGAUACCAUCAAGCAUGGUAACAAAGCUGGCGAGGAUAUGGAACAACGUCGUUUCCCUCUCGAAGAGUCGUUAUCACUUCUGAAGCAGUGUGAAUAUGAGGACGCUUUCGUUGAUUCGUUGAUCUCUGCAUUCCCAGAAUAUUCGAGAACGAGAGGCGUGUAUACGGAACAGGAUCUGAAAAAUAGGUUUAACAAGAUUUACAAGGUUGGUCGUCGCACUGCGGCAAUUGGGGAGAAUGGUGGCACACUUUCUGCAUAUUUAUGGUCGUAUUUGCGAUCCCUACUACUGUUCGACUUACCACGAAAAUUCACCGAUGAGGACGUGGUUGAUAAGCGUUGUAUCGAUAAUCCUGAGGUUCUUGCUCGUGCAAAGUGGUGUGUGGAACGCAACGACCUCGACGGUGCGAUCCGCAUAUUGCAGCUACUUCGUGGCGAACCUGCACUGUCGGUUCGAGAUUGGCUCGUUGACGCUCGCGCAUAUCUGGAGAUCCGACUGCUCGCUCAGCUUCUUGUUGCACAUGCUGCCGUAUCAUCGAUAAGAUCUACGUAUUAA